AUGUCGUCGAGCGGAACACCCCGUCAUGAGCACAAGGGCGCGCGCGCAUCGGCCUCCCGCGCCCGCAAACCGAAGGCGCGUGAUGUCGCGAAGGAGUGCAUCGUCGACCACCGCGACUACAAGCUCGGCAAGGCUCUUGGCACAGGUUCAUUUGCUACCGCAUAUCGCGCCACCCAGAUCUCGACAGGAAAAACUGUCGUGGUCAAGCGCCUGGAAAAGCUGCCUCCGCGCGACGACCCAAGCUACGCGAGCCUCGCGAGGAUGGUGUACAGCGAGAUUGCGAUCAUGCAUCGCGUGGGGUCGCAUCGCAACUUGGUGUCACUCAAGGGGUGGUUCUAUGACGAUGAAGGCGUCAUAUGUAUGGUGCUAAGUCAUUGCGGCGGUGGGUCGCUAGCAAGCAUUUUGAAGGCCCCACCAGGCAACUCAGCUCUUGGCUCUGGGCAGGGCGACGACGACGGCGCAACACCGCCGACGGACGUGUUCCCCGAAGCGCAGCUGAUGAUGUGGUUCGUCCAGCUGCUGUCAGGGUUGCACCACCUCCACGAGCGCCAGGUCAUGCACCGCGACAUCAAACCUGCCAACAUCUUCCUCUCCAAGUCCCUUUCCAUCGUCCGACUUGGCGAUCUGGGAGUCGCGAAGGAGCUCGAUAAGCCCAACGGCCUUGCGGCCACGAUUCUCGGAACGCCUUACUACAUGAGCCCCGAGAUAAUGGCCAACAAGCCGUACACUCUUGCUUCUGACAUCUGGUCGCUCGGCUGCGUUCUGUACGAGAUGGCUGCGCGCCGCACGGCAUUCGAUGCGGCGGGGCUGCCGCAGCUAGUAAUGCGUGUCAUGCGCAACGCUUGGGAGCCGCUGCCCUCUUACUUUUCGGCAAAGUUUCGUCAGCUGGUGCAGAUGAUGCUGCGCGCGGACCCUGAGCAGCGCCCGACAACCGCGCAGCUCCUCGGCCAUCCAUUCGUGCGGCAACACCUGGCGGCGCACAUCGAGGCGUCACGGUCGGGCGGUGGGGGGCGCACGUCAACCCUGGACGUGCUGUAUCCGAAUCCUCGAACGGCCAACACUGCUCGGCCGUCUACGCAAGCGGGCGUGGUGCCGCCUGCAGCCACCGGACCUCGCCCCCGAACCGGCGCGCGGGUGCGGAAGGGGAGUUCUUCGGCAGGCCCUCCGAAGACAUCGCCAUCGUUGUUGCAUGGCAACGACGCUGCUCGUCCCAAGAAGCCCGGGGGCGGGAAGAAGCGAAGGAAGCCGCGUGGCCCGGCUGGCACUGGAAACAUUUCCACGGUGCAGGUGUCGCGCAAGGCGGCGAACUGGGAGGGCAGGUUGCACCACGAGAAUGCUCGGGAUCGGCUUGCGCAGAAGCGCUGGAGCGUGUGGGAGCUCGAAGCCCGUCGGGCACGCGAGGAGGCGCGGGAGCGCGCUCGGAUGCGCAGCGGUGGCGACGUCGCGGCGAUGGCAGAGCAGCGACGGGCCUUGGAGGAGGCAGAGGUGGCAGCUGCGGAGGAAUCCAUUGUGCACCGUGUCCAGGGCGACUCCGACGACUGCGAGGACGUUGCUCACGCAGCGUUCGUGAAACGAGAGCGGCUGGGGCGCACGAGAGUGGCUGGGAUCAACGAGAGCGCUGAGCAUCGGGCUCGUAUGUUCGACAUUGCCAUGGACUUGGAGCUCCUCAGCGACGGCGAAACACCUGCGAGCGAGCCUCAUGGGCCACUGCAGUGCGGGCAGGAGUCGCUGGCAGCGUCCGGUAUCACUCCCCCUGAGUCACCAGCAGUGAUACCUUCUUUGCGGUUCGACCCGAUGUCCACGGGACCACUUGAUUUUGAGAGCUCUCUACACGAGCCCAGCGACGACCGGUCCGGGCUCCCGGCACCUGUGGCACGAAGCGGGGAACAGGCUCAUGCGACGCAGCGCAGCGGACCGUGGGAAAUCGGUGUCCUGCCUGGAGUGCUGACUCGGCAAAGGCUUGGCCCAGGAGGCAGCACCGAGGAACGGCCAGCAUCGCCGCCACACGUACGCGCGGUGCACAGCGCGGACAGCGCAGCGCGUAUGCUGGCGGAAGCGCAGGGCGGGUUGGGUUCGGACCUGCCCGUAACUGGUGAAGAGGCCCGAGCGCUCGACGAGCUGCGCAUGGCAUUUGAGGUGAGCGGUGAAGAACAGCGAUGGCAGCUGAUGCUUGACAUAUGGGAUGCCGCGAUGGCGAGGGAGCUCGGCCCGGAACGAUACGCGGAUGAGGAGGAUGCAGAGAUUUUCCACUCGAGCGAUGCGCGUGAAGAGGACGAGGUGCGGGCGCUCCCUGCGUGCGACGAUGACGGGGAUUCAUUCUGGGCCGGGGCUGGCACAGGAGCGGCUGAAUCACACCGAAGCGAGGAGCUAGAGUCAACAACCGAGGACGUGCUGCUAUCUGCGCCUUCAGCGCCAGGAGCGACCACGGGAAGGUGCUCAGUCAACGAGGCUGGCGGCGGCCAGGUGCCGUCGGCUGGGCCAGCGGGCGGGGAUGCGUGUGCUUGCCAUGGCACUCAAGGCAGUGCUGAGUGCCUAGGGUCAGAGCGACGUGCCCUCUCCCCGCGUCAACGUCGGCGACACUGGGGAACCGGGGAGCGGAACCGGCUUGAGGUGGCGGUGUCGCUUGAACACGCCCCCUUGGAGGUGUCUUCGCCACAAGCGACGACCGCACCCCCUUCGAGGCUUCAAGCAGGACCUCCGGACCUCGAGGGUAUGAUGAUGGGCUCUCCCAGGGCAGCAGGCGGCCCAUGUAUUGACACAUCAGGGCGCGAGGAGCGUUCAUUUAGCGAACUACCCGAUGACAUGUGUCCUGGGCGUCUCGGACAUGAGGCUGCGCAGGCAGACGACGAUGACGUGCUGCUGGGCAGUUUCCGUGACCUGCUAUCAUCUCCACAGGACCUCUCGGCGAGCGGCACAGUCGGAGCAGCCCCCGGAUCGCCACGACAGGCAGGGCAGGGUGGUGAGAGCAACUCGGGAGCAGGUGAAGAUCCCGUAGACCUGAGUCGCGACGCGCGUCUGCUUCAGCCGGAGCCCUUGCCGGACACAGUGCGACUGGAGACGGUGAGAGCCGAACCCGGUACGAGCGAUGGAGAAGACAUGGUGCAAUUGGGCAGCGACUGGGGGUCAGCGGGUGGGCCGAUGGCUGGGUCGCUUGGGGCUUGGGCGGACAGCGAGUGUGCUGCUGCGAUGCAGUCGCCGCGCACCGGGUCGUCCGGGGCGGGUGCGCAAGCUGCUGCGAGCCCUCCUGAACAUUCCAACGUACCACCUCUGUGCGCCCUGCCGGCAGACACGACGUCGAUGCGCCCGUCGACGGCGCCAGCGAUCGAUGAAUGUGCUCGGCCCACUGCUCGCCAGGUCAGGCGAUCGCCUUCGAGCGCAGGGAGGCCUCCCCAGGCCCCACAUCCUUCAAAGCAGGAUCGUGUCGCUGCCUCGAUGGCAGCGGUCCCGCUGACGCAUGCGGUACUACCAGAAGGUGGAGGAUCGGGAUCGAUGCGUGGAUCCCUGUGCUCGGAACGCCUCAGGGGGCUGAUGCCGUCCUUUUCAGGUGCUGUAGACAGGUCUGCGGGGUCCGCGUCGGGGCGCGCUAGCCACGCCUCUUCCGAAGAUCUCGUGAUCCCUCGUGAUACGACAAGGGGGGACAUGAACGGUCGUCGAGGCGAGCGGGGAGCGCGAAAAGGCGAAGGAAUCCAGCUGAGGCCAGUGGCAUCGUCAAGGUGCGGGCAGCUCCGCUCGACGAGAACAGCAGCCGUCGGCCCGGGUGGAGGUGCAUCCGUUUCAUGA